AUGCCCGCUGAUAAUAAUGACUGGGUAAUGAAAUUCUUGACGUUUUAUCUAUCCCGCCUUCCUGAUCAUGCCCAAAUCUUCAUCUUUGACCUACUCGAUCCUGAGUAUAUUAAGGAUUUCUUUCUAUAUUUCCCCGAUAACAAGUUACAUCAGUUGCUAGUUGAUCAUUACUUCUCUAAGGUGCUUCAUUUCCAAAUGGGAGAAAUAGUAGCUCAUCAUCAUGAAUUUAUGUAUGAUUACACACUGAGUGAAGUUGUUUCAUUUUAUGGUAUGAAGAAUAUCUUACGUUUCAUGAAAGAUUUUCCGAAAAUUGUACCCCGUAGAUUAUUACUUAUUGGCGAGUCUGACGGGGGAAUCUUGAAGGAUGACAGAAUAUCUAAGAUUGAUGAGUUAGAAGUUAUUAUAGAUGGAAGCGAUAUUGAUCCCGAUUAUUUUGAUUAUAUUAUAUCCUUCCCCAAUUUAACGCGUUUACAUAUUAUGGACGAGUUUAUAGGAGAAGGUAUGCUCGAUAGUCGAAAGUUUACCAAGCAUCCUAAACUUCAAGAUGUGGCCAUCAUUUCGUUUGAGGCAGAUUUUCUGGAUAUAAAAUUACCUAAAUCUUUAAGAAAGCUUGGAGUGACAAGCUGUUCAUUUGAUAUAAGUGAUGUGAAAAUUCCCAAGUCAGUAUCACAUAUUUGUAUGAGCAAAUGUAGUAUCGAUGAUUUUGCAGAACUAGCAACUAUAUUACCCAAGAGUUUAAGUAGUCUUUGUUUGUGUGACAAUGAAUUAGAAGGCAUAGUACUUGAUGAUUUGCCUGCUGGAUUACGAUCAUUGGAUCUAGCACUGAAUGAAGUUUCUAUCGAGUUGGAUAAUAGCAAUAAGACAUGGCCAAUAGAUCUAUGCGAAUUAAAUGUGCUGGGUUCAACCAUAGAUGAUUUAUUUUUAGAGCAGCUUGAUAGUUCGAUUGGAUGGCCCAAGAAACUUACCAAAUUGGAUGUUUCUUGUAGUCAAAUCAAUCAAAUUGGUAAGUUGCAGCUUCCAGAGAGCUUGGAGAUUUUAAAUAUUUCAAGCAACCCAUUGUCCUGGGAUUGCAUAAAGGAAACCCCCUUUAGAUUUCCAGGUAACUUAACUGUUUUAGACAUGACUGAAUGUGGGAUUUCCAAUUUGAACUGUUUAAAAUUACCACAGUCGCUAAAAAAGUUGAGAUUGGGAAAUAAUGGAAUCGACGAUAUAUUAUCUUACGACGAUUGGAGUGAACUUAUACAUUUACAUACUUUAGACCUAUCACAGAACAAGAUUAUUAGUUUGAACAAUUGGAAAAGUCCUCCUAAACUUAUCAAAUUAGUCCUUAGUAACAAUGAGAUCAGCGAAUUAUCAUCAUAUUGUGACUGGAAGGCAUUAGUGAAUUUGCGCACGUUAGAUCUAGCCAGUAAUAAAAUCACUAGUUUGGAUAAUUGGUUAAAACCUCCGAAUCUUGUUAGGUUGGACCUAUCACGUAAUCCAUCCGAUGAGCUAUCCCUUAAGUUUCCAAUGUUCAAAGAGAAAAUAGAUGCUCCAUACAGAUCUUUUACUUUGGCCAGCAUCAAAGAUUGAAGAUGAAUACUAUAGUUAAAGGGCAAGCUCGUUUGUCAUCUAUAUAUAGUGUGUAGUUCCGAGAAGAAAAUGAUUUGAUUUU